AUGAUUCAUAUUAAAGGCAUCAGCAAAAACACUCCCGCCGAGGAAAUUAUCAAUGCGAUCAAGGAUCAAAACCCUUCACUCAAAUUAGAAAAAUUCAAUAUUAAAUUCAAACGGAACAAUAGGAACGACAUAGAGCCAGAAACAGACAACAAUGACACACUCAACACAUUAGAAAACUUCAUCAUUCAACAUCCUCACGCGUCUAUCGCAGUCUGCGGUGACUUUAACGCAUGGCAUACACUUUGGGGUGGAGGUCGCUACCCGCGUAGCAAUAGACGGGGCCAUGAUCUGGUCGACCUUAUGAGUUCCGCGGACUUACACCUGUGCAAUGUAGGUAAUACACUUACUUUCGAAACUAUCACACACGGCCGCCCUCGCUCUUCCAUUAUCGAUCUAAGCUUUAGCACCACACCUCUCUUUAACAAAAUAACACACUGGGAAGUCAGGCCUAACCUAUUCCCAUCCACUCAACACAACAUAAUCACAUACAAAAUUAAACUGCAAAAUCCGUCAACCGCGACACCCAACCAAAGCACCUUUUUAUACCGCACUAAAAAUGCAAACUGGCACACAUUCAAGGAAAAUCUGCUUUCCAAAAUUGCCAAUAGUCAAAUUUUGGACACUAACUUCCUCAACAUUUCACCAACCGAACUUGACUCGAUCGUGGAACGCACGACGCGUAUUAUUAAUGACGCCUGUACUGAGUCAUUUCCUGUCAAAACCAGCAAACACACAAGUAAAGCCCCCUUCUGGGAUGACCACCUAGAGCACCUAAAAACCAAAUGCAACCAAUUACACCGGAUUCUGUAUCGCACAACACGAUCAAACAAUACACCCUCACCCGAUCUAAUCGAACAGUAUAGGGACACAAAAGAGAAUUAUGCGUCCGAGAUCCGCCGGGCCUGA